UUUUUUUUACAUUGGUUGUACUCCGCAAGUGUCAUCCGUUUAGGAUUGGCUGUUGGCUAAUCCACAAAUUUAUCUUCCCGUUCGUUCGUCCGUCCACGCCAUUUCUCUUCUUCUCUGUCAAUUCAAAAAACUCUUCACACUCCCCCGCAAACAAUGGCAGCAUCUGCUUCCUACACUCUCUGCGCCAUUCCUGCAUCCUCUUCCUCCGCCGACGCCUCCUCUUCCAAGCGCGCCCCCAUUUUCCUCCGGACUCCAGCGCGCCGCCUUGGAUUCGCCGCGGCGAACUCGCUAUUCUCGCGCCGUGUCGCCACCCAGCUCCGAUCCCUCAGGGCUUCCGCCAAGCCAGCCGGCAGAGUCAUUUCCAUGGCUAAGAAGAGCGUCGGCGACCUCGGCGCGGCUGAGUUGGAGGGCAAGAAGGUCUUUCUUCGCGCCGAUUUGAAUGUCCCUCUCGAUGAGAAUCAGAACAUUACUGAUGACACUAGGAUCAGAGCGGCCGUGCCGACCAUCAAACACUUGAUUACUAAUGGUGCCAAAGUGAUUCUCUCCAGUCAUCUGGGUCGUCCGAAAGGGGUCACACCAAAGUACAGCUUGAAACCUCUCGUACCCAGAUUGUCUGAACUAAUUGGCAUUGAGGUUAAGAUGGCAAACGAUUGCAUUGGUGAGGAAGUAGAGAAGUUGGUUGCUCAAAUCCCGGAGGGUGGUGUGCUGCUUCUAGAGAAUGUGAGAUUCUACAAAGAGGAAGAGAAGAACGAUCCGGAGUUUGCAAAAAAUCUUGCAUCCCUUGCGGAUUUGUAUGUUAAUGAUGCUUUUGGAACAGCCCAUAGAGCUCAUGCUUCCACAGAGGGAGUUACAAAGUACUUGAAACCAGCUGUUGCUGGAUUCCUUAUGCAGAAGGAGCUUGACUAUUUAGUUGGUGCUGUGACUAAACCCAAGAAGCCAUUUGCUGCAAUUGUUGGAGGAUCAAAAGUAUCCACCAAAAUUGCUGUAAUUGAAUCACUGUUGGAAAAGGUGGACCUGCUAUUGCUGGGUGGAGGGAUGAUCUUUACUUUCUACAAGGCUCAAGGACACACAGUUGGGUCCUCACUCCUGGAGGAGGACAAGCUUGACCUAGCCGCGUCCCUCAUUGAGAAGGCCAGGUCUAAGGGAGUCUCACUGUUGCUUCCUACUGAUGUUGUCGUUGCUGACAAGUUUUCUGCUGAUGCUAACAGCAAGGUGGUUAGCGCGACUGCAAUACCAGAUGGCUGGAUGGGGUUAGAUGUUGGACCUGAUACAAUCAAGUCAUUUGGUGAAGCUUUGGAUGCCACCCAAACAAUCAUAUGGAAUGGGCCUAUGGGUGUGUUUGAGUUUGACAAGUUUGCUGCUGGGACUGAGGCCAUUACAAAGAAACUGGCAGAGCUUAGUGGAAAGGGAGUGACGACAAUCAUCGGAGGAGGAGACUCGGUUGCAGCAGUCGAGAAGGUUGGGCUUGCAGAUAAGAUGAGCCAUAUCUCAACUGGAGGUGGUGCUAGCCUGGAGCUACUUGAAGGGAAAAUGCUUCCUGGUGUUCUUGCACUUGAUGAUGCUUGAGACCACUUCCUUCUGUUUUUCUGCUUCUGAUUUUCUUCUUCUCAUUCAAAUUUAUCUCUGUAGUAUAUGUCCUACAAAGAGGUUACAUUGAUGAACAAAGCCCUAAAGUUGUUGAUUGCUAGCUGAAACCAUUUUCGUUACAUAAAUAGAUUCAGCUUUGGCAUUGUUUGGUUAACACCAUUUUGCUGAUUAAUCAUAUGGUAAUUUUAACAAGAGGAGUAAGUUAGUUUUCCUUUUAUUCAGCAAAACAAAACGGUAUUGAUUAA